GUUUUGAUCGAGAACGUACAAAAUCUAGACCGUGCGUACGAGUUUGCUGAACGUUGUAAUGAACCGGAUGUGUGGAGUUUACUUGCUAAAGCUCAGCUGGAACAGAACAUGGUGAAGGAAGCCAUUGAUUCAUUUAUCAAAGCAGACGAUCCCUCUGUUUACACUGAAGUUGUUGCAAUUGCACGCAAGGAAGGUAAGGCUAAUAUUUCCUGACUUUAUUUCUUGUUGAAGCUGAUUUAUUAUAUACAUAAAAAGGUUAAAAUAUAGUAAAUUUUCGCUCGCUGACUGCUACCUUCCUCAGAGUUAAAAAUUUUACAACUGACUAGAAAUAGUCAGUAAAUAACUACAAUGGCUAUGCAAAUUUCGUGCUUGUUAAUAGUUCUCUACUGAGUGCAAUGGCUGGUUUUACUGGUCAUUCGAUAUACAAUGCUAUAUAUACAAUGCUUUAUUCUUCAGACAAUUAUGAAGACUUGGUGAAAUAUCUGCAAAUGGCGAGAAAGAAGGCAAGGGAAGGAUUUAUCGAAACCGAGUUGGCAUUUGCUUUGGCGAAGACAAACAGACUUGCGGAGUUGGAAGAAUUUAUAUCCGGCCCUAACCAUGCACAAAUCAAGGAG